AACGUUGCUUCUUUCGAAUCUUUCUUUACUUGUUUUGAGAUAUGGCUAUUGCCGCGGUGGCGAGAUGUGUUGGAAGGUGCUAUGUUUCGCCGGCGUUCGGAGAAUCCGAACCCUUCCGGUUAUCGGAGCGGCGGUUUCUGAAAUUUUCUAGCUCCACGAAUUCGGAUCCCGCCGGUAGUAGAAGUUUGAUAUUUGGCGGGAAAAGUCACCGGAGACUUAGCUUCUUCCGUCCGAUCAUGGCUACAGAUGAAUCGAUUUCAUCGCGGUCCUCUGAUUGCGUCGGUGAAACAAAGCAAAUCAACGGAAAGCAAAAGAACAUUGUCUGGCAUGAUUGUCCCGUUACUAAAUCCGACAGGCAAGAAUUGAUUAAGCAAAAGGGAUGUGUCAUCUGGAUUACUGGCUUAAGUGGUUCAGGGAAAAGUAGUCUGGCAUGUGCUCUUAGUCGAGCUUUGCACAAUCGAGGAAAGCUUUCGUAUAUACUUGAUGGUGACAAUGUUCGACAUGGUUUAAACAGCGAUCUUAGUUUCGAAGCAGAAGAUCGAGCUGAAAAUAUUAGAAGAGUUGGUGAAGUGGCUAAACUGUUUGCAGAUGCUGGUAUAAUCUGUAUUGCUAGUUUGAUAUCUCCUUACCGGAGAGAACGAGCUGCUUGCCGUGCAUUGCUACCCGAAGGAGAUUUCAUUGAGGUAUUUAUGGAUGUGCCACUCCAUGUUUGUGAAGCUAGAGAUCCAAAGGGCUUAUACAAACGUGCACGUGCUGGGAAAAUCAAAGGUUUUACAGGAGUAGAUGAUCCAUAUGAACCGCCUUUGGAUUGCGAGAUGGUGAUACAAAACAACAGAGACGAGGGUCUUUCUUCGUCAUCUUCAUCUUCUUCUCUGUGUGAAAUGGCAGAGAUUGUUGUAUCGUACUUGGACCAAAAUGGAUACCUCAAGACGCCUUAGAAACACUCCACAAAAUCACAUAAUUGUAUACUUCCCUUGUGAUAGGCUCUCAUGUAUUGUAUGUGAUAUCAAAAUCAUUGUCGUAACGUUUCUUAAACCUAUUUUUACCUAAAUUGUGAAAACAUAAAUGUAUCACAAUCUG